CUACACUAACACUGUUCCUUGUAAUACAAGAGAGAGAAAUGAGACGAGAGAGAUUACAUAGCUUUUCGAAACCAUUGAAGAAUGAAAGUUCGAUCCGUUGGGAAAAUUCUGUCCUCACAGCUGUGUGCUUCUGAUUCAUUCUGAAACUGUGCAAGUGCUUUCAAUAUUCAAAGACAUGGAGAAAUCAACAAUGUCAGUUAUACUGUUUGUGUUGCAUCUUCUUGUCCUUCAUCUACAGUAUUCAGAGGUUCGCUCGCUUUCCAAUACUUCUGCUCACGAUUUUAGCUACUUAAAGUUUGUGUACAACGCCACUGAUCCAAGCUUGGAAGGAUCAUAUGACUACAUUGUAGUCGGUGGAGGAACAUCAGGUUGUCCAUUGGCAGCAACUUUAUCAGAAAAAUACAAGGUGCUCCUUUUAGAAAGGGGCAGUCUUCCUACAGCAUAUCCGAACGUCUCGACCUCAUCUGGGUUUGUAUCUAAUCUCCAGCAAGAAGAUGAUGGCAAGACGCCAGUCGAAAGGUUUGUGUCCGAAGAUGGCAUUGAUAAUGUGCGAGGCAGGGUCCUCGGUGGCACGACCACAAUCAGUGCUGGCGUCUACGCAAGAGCUAACAUUUCAUUCUAUAGUCAAUCAGGAGUUGAUUGGGACAUGGAUUUGGUUAAUAAGACAUAUGAGUGGGUUGAAGACACCAUUGUGUUCAAGCCAGAUGAUCAAUCUUGGCAAUCUGUUAUAGGAAAGGGAUUCUUGGAGGCUGGUAUUCUUCCAGACAAUGGAUUUAGUUUGGAUCAUGAAGCAGGAACUAGACUUACCGGCUCAACUUUUGACAAUAAUGGAACGAGACAUGCAGCUGAUGAACUGCUUAAUAAAGGAGACCCUAAUAACUUGCUAGUUGCAGUUCAGGCCUCAGUAGAGAAGAUCCUCUUCUCUUCCAAUACAUCAAAAUUGUCAGCUAUUGGAGUCAUAUAUACGGAUUCUGAUGGAAACUCUCAUAAGGCAUUUGUACGCAGUAACGGAGAAGUUAUUGUUAGUGCAGGGACAAUCGGAACUCCUCAGCUUCUACUACUUAGUGGCGUUGGACCAGAGUCUUACCUAUCUUCUCUCAACAUCACAGUUGUUCAGCCGAAUCCUUACGUUGGGCAGUUUGUGUAUGACAAUCCUCGUAAUUUCAUUAACAUUUUGCCCCCAAAACCAAUUGAAGCCUCUGUUGUAACUGUUUUAGGCAUUAGAAGUGAUUAUUAUCAAGUUUCUCUGUCAAGCUUGCCAUUUUCUACUACACCCUUUAGUCUUUUUCCUACAUCUUACCCCCUCCCAAAUUCCACUUUCGCUCAUAUUGUUAGCCAAGUUCCAGGACCUUUGUCUUAUGGUUCUCUCACCCUAAAUUCAUCAUCUGAUGUGAGAAUUGCUCCAAAUAUUAAAUUCAAUUACUUUUCAAAUUCCACGGACCUUGCUAAUUGCGUUAGGGGCAUGAAGAAGCUUGGUGACUUAUUAAGGACAAAGACAUUAGAACCAUAUAAAGCUAGAGAUGUGCCGGGAAUUGAAGGUUUCAAUUAUUUGGGAGUACCUCUACCAGAAAACCAAACAGAUGAUGCAUCCUUCGAAACAUUUUGUCGAGAUAAUGCAGCCUCAUACUGGCAUUACCACGGUGGAAGCCUUGUCACGAAGGUGCUUGAUGGUAGUUUCCGUGUUAUGGGGAUCAAAGGAUUACGCGUUGCUGAUGCCUCCACAUUCCCUUACGAACCAAACAGCCAUCCUCUGGGCUUCUAUCUGAUGUUAGGCAGAUAACACUCUAGCGGAUACAAGCUCCAUGGAGUCCACUCCGACAGGUUCUUUAAGGGUUGUGGAUGAUUCAUACGAGGAGGAAAAAUAAAUAAAUAAAUUAUUGGAUGAAAGUUGAGUCCUUCCCUCGUGAACUUCAGUCAUGGCUACAAGUUGUUCCUUCCUGCUCAAACACUUCAUGAGUAAAUCAUCAGAACCUCCCCUCCGUUGCUUGCUUUGGCCCUUUAAUACAUAUACAUAUAUUAAUAUAUUAAGUAUAAUACUAUAUGUAAGCCAUUUAAAUGGCCUCUUCCUUGGUUUUGGUGGAUUGAGUCUUGGUAGAUAUCUCCUUGGCAGACCUCCCCUCGGUAAACCUCACCUCAGCAGACCUUGCCUCGACGGAUCUCUCUAGAGGAUUUGGAGAUUCCUCCUUGGCAUAUCUCGCCUAAUUAGACUCUUGUAUAUGCAAAAAGAUAAUGUGAAGACUGGGACAGAGUCAUCUUAUGGA